AAUGCUACAAAUAUCACAUCAAAUACCACCAGAAAUAAAUAGAAUAAGAUAAUUGGUAAUAAGAUUGAAUUAUGUUAGAUUUGUAGAGCAGGUGAUGAUGGAGCUGAUACAUUUAAAAAGGAUCUAUAAAAAAUAGUUGAUAUUUUAGGGGAAUAUUAUUAAUAAAAUAAAUAAGAAGUCAAAGAUGCAAUGAUAUAAUCAUUCAUUUAAUGUGCAAAAUUGUUACCACUCAAAGCUGGAAUAUAUGCUACAAUAUUAGCAUUAUUGUCAACUAAAUAAGUAAUUAUCAAUGAAGUCAAUAUUUUAAUUAGAUAACACAAUCCUUGACAGACUAAAUUAUUCUUGGAUUACUUGAACAUCUUCCCUAAAUAGCCUAAGAAGAAACACCUAUAUUAGGAUAAACUAUCCUUAAAUUUCUAAGUGAAUUAAUGAAUGUAGGUCUGCUUAAUACAGUGAGUUUUGUAGAAUGUUUGUAUGAUUUGGAAGGAGGUGCUGAAAAUGAAUAAUCUCCAUUUUAUCUAUAGAUAUUGUUAACAACAUUACCACAUGCUAUGAUUAAAGCAAUGGAAAAGAAUUAGAUUGAAUUUAAAAAUAUUAUUUAGAAUGUUGAAGUAUUAAUGACAAAGAGAAAAACAGAAGAUAGAUUAUUUCAUUUAUGGUAAUCAAUAAGAAACUUUUUAAAUAAUUAAGAGAAAGAUGCUCAUACAUAAAUAUUUUAAUAAUUUUUAAAAACUUCUUAUCCUAGACCUUAUUUGUUAUUUCCUGAUGAAAUGACAUAAGUCAGACAAUUAAGAAGAGGAUUCAAGAUCCCAAUUGUAAAAAGAACCUAAAUUUGGAGACCUUAAUAAAUAUUGGUUCUUAAUGAUGAAAUUAGAUCUCAAGGUAACAAUAAAACUGAUGUUUAAAUUGAAAUUACUAGAUAAUGGAUAUAUGAAACUAUUGAUCUAUUUAAGACUAAUCGAUAAUAAAUUGUAUUUCAAUUUUAAUUAUACUCAAAUUGUAUAAAAAUGUCACCAUCAUAAGAGUAUUUGAUAUUAUAUUAAUAUUAAUAGAGCUUAAUUCAGAUAAACAUUAAUUUUCACAUUAUUAAAUAUGGUAAUUGAAGUUGUUCCAAGAAAAGACUAAUUAUCUACAGCAUUUUAUAGUGGUCUUCUAAUUCAUUUAAGUUAAAGAAAUUCAGAUAAUAUUAAAGAAUGGAAUGAAACUAUAGAAUAAUUCAUAGAUUAAAUCCCAUAAAAUAAUAUCUUGAUUAUUGAAUAAUUAAGUGAUUGUUUAUCCCAUUACUUUUGUAAUUCAAAUUUUAAAUUGAAUUGGGAUAAGUACUUUGGAAAAUACAAUCCAGAUGAAACAGAUAGUUUUAAUAAUUAUUUAGUUAUUAUGAUAUUUAGAAAACUAUUUUUAUUAGUUAGUGUUGAAAAGAUUACAGAUUUAGUACCAAAGAAUAUUAUAGAUUGGUAUAAUUAAUUAUAGGAUAUAACUAAACCUAUAGAUAUUGAAUAACAUAGUUUAGCAGAGAAAAUUAAUACAUAUUUAUAAUAGAAAUUGAAUGGAAUUGAGAUGUUAGAAUAAUUAAAAUUGAUUACAAAUCCAAAUCCAGAUAUUGUUAUUCAAACAUUUUUAGAAUGUUUAUUAUAAUGUAUAUCUAAAUCAAUCACUCACUUGAAUGUCUUAAGUAAAAGAUAUCUCUCAUUUUUGUUAUAACCAAAUAUAAUUAAACCUGAAAAAUUAGGUGAAAUAAUGCUCAAUACAAUUUUUAGAAUGUGGAAUCAUUCAGUUUUUCAUUUAAAGGUAUAUCUAAAGGAGUUUUUGAAUUUAGAAGUUAUUAACAAUUUAUAAAUAAUCAAUUGGUUGAAUGAUAUAAUUAAAUAAAAACCAGAAGUAUAUUUUUUAUAUAUAAUUAAGCCCUUUAAAAUUUAUAAUAUCUUUAUUGCAAUAAAUGAUGUUUUCAGAAAAUAGACAAAAUUAGAUUAAGUUUAAGAUUGUACCUACGAGAAUGUUAAGGAAAUAAACACUAUUUUGACAAAAAUGAUCGAAUAAGAGCAAGGUUAUUAUCAUUUUUAAUAUAAAUAGAUGUCAUUAUCUAAUCAAGUUUAGAAAACAUUUAGCUCUAAAUAUUGAUUGCAUUUAAAUAAACUAAUGGUAGCUAAUCAGAUAAGUUAUUAAAAGAAAUCAAAUCAACUAAUGUUAAAUAAAUUGUUAUGUCAUUUUGA